AUGGGCAACUUUUCACCGGUUGUGGCGCCGCCGAGCGAAAGUGCUGAAUUUCUUAUACAACCUAUUUUAUUUGUUCUUUCAGAUGAGGUGGAUAUUUUAAAACUUAUCAACAUCACAGCCAAAGAUCCGGGUGUUUCGAUCGUGCAGGGUCCAAUAAAGAAUUUUCCCGCAUACAAAUUUCGUUUGCCAUAUGGAAACGUCCCUGUAGCCAAUUCUUCCGCCGUAACAUCGGCCAUGUCUAGGCCCUCGGGGUUUACAGUUAUCUUCCUCUUCCGUCAGCAGAAAAAUAAUCUGGGAACUUUGAUUUCUAUCAAUUCCCCCGGGAGGUUGACUCCUUGGUUUCAAAUCAACUCCAACUUGCGUACUGGUGUGUUAACUUUGAAGUAUAAAAUGAACGCGUCGUCUAAGUUACAUCAGGUAGACUGGCCAUUACCCGGACAUCACAGGAAAACUCCUUUGGCCGCGUGGACUUGGAUGUCUUUAAGUGCAGAUUAUUAUUCUGGUACUUUGCGCUUGGAUCUGGAUUGUUUGCCCAGCAAAUUUCAUCAGCUCGCUUCGAAAACUGAAAACGCAUUCAUCAGUAUACCAGGAGACUCCCUUGUUUACUUUAGGCAAGAGCCCGGACGAAAAAAGAAAUUUUUGGGUUCCAUCCAAGUGGCAAAAGUUUUACCGUACGUUACACAGCAGAGGUUGUGGUCAUGUUUACAGAUAUCUGAAAAUUUAAGCCCAGAACACGUAAAACCGCUGGUGUAAGUCGACGAAGUUGAGUAUGGAAGGGAAGUGAACAAUUACAUAGAACAACCAUGAUAUGUACCUAACAUUAAUCACACGUAUUGCUUACGAUCGAGCACAUAAUAAAAUAUAAAUACCUAUUUAACAUUUCCCACACAAUAAAAUACUCACAAUUUCAGCGAAAGUGAUUUUCAACGAAUGUUAUCCUUUCUGUUUUUGUAUGGUGAAAAUCAGGUAGAUAAGAUUUUUAAGAGUUUAUUAUGUACUUGUAUUUUCCUGUUUAUUGUACAAGAUAGACACAUAAAUAAAGUUAUUAUUUGGUAA